AUGAAUGGUGUUGUCGAAUCCGCAAAUAAGAACAUCAAAAAGAUCAUACAAAAAAUGACAGUAACCUAUAAGGACUGGCAUGAGAUGCUACCAUUCGCUCUCCACGGUUACCGUACCACGGCGCGCAUAUCAACCGGGGCAACACCUUACUCUCUGGUAUACGACAUGGAAGAUGUCUUGCCUAUUGAGGUCCAGAUCCUUUCUCUGAGAAUCAUAAAGGAUGCAGGGCUGAGUGAAGACGAUUGGAUCCAAACUCAAUUUGACCAGUUAAACCUAAUUGAUGAGAAUAGGCUUACAGUUGUCUGUCACGGCCAGAUGUACCAAAAAUGUAUGAUCAAAGCAUUUAACAAAAAGGUCAGACGUCAGGUAUAUCAGGUUGGUGACUUGGUAAUCAAGCGUAUCAUAUUGUCAUAA